AUGACAGAAUUAAAUCAAUACUGCUUUUCUAAUAUGCAUAAACUACGCGAAAUCCAGAAGAUUCCGAAUUCUAUCUUAUCGAUAGGUUCAAAUGCCUUCGAUUCGACUCUUAUUUCAUCAUUCACUGUUCCAUUAUCAACAGUAAAUCUUUCUGACAGUGUAUUUCGCGAUUGCUCAUUGUUGAUCGUCUUUACAAUUCCAGCAGGAUGUGCAUUAAUGAAUUUAGGAAAUUUCAUCUUUGAAGGAUGUAGUUCUCUCAAAAAAAUAGAGUGCAUAGAUAGUGCAUACUUUGUUGUAGAUAAUGGAGGUCUCUUCAACAAAAAUCGAACUUCAUUGAUUUGUUUUCCUCCUGCCUCACCCAUCAAUUUCUUCAGCUUCUUGCAGAAUGUGCAAACCAUUUCACCAUAUGCAUUUUAUGGCUGUAGGAAUCUUCAGAGUAUUUUAAUUCCAGACAAUUCCAUUUCGAGCAUAGGGCAUUCGGCAUUUGCAUAUUGUACAUCCCUCAAGUAUAUCAAUAUUCCUUUAUGCGUGAAGAAUAUUGAACAAUCUGCUUUCAUUGGAUGCUCAAACCUUCACUGUGGAAUGAUUGUUCAGAAUAAAUCGAUUUCAUUUAGGCAGACUCUAAUUGAAUCUAGUAGCUUAAGUCCAACAGUUCUCAAAGACUGUGAACUUAUUACUUGUAAACAUGAUUCAUUUAAAUUACCUGUUCCUAAUUCAUUCUUUUAUGUUUUUAUUGAAAUGUAA